UUGUGAAUGAGUGCUCCACUACUCAGUGCUCCCCCCAAAGGCCCAAUAUCUCGUCUUUCUGGUCUUAUCUCCCUCCCUUAACUGGUUUCUCUUUCUCUCUCAUCCCGUCUUUAUCUCCUUCCAUACUCAACUACCAAAACGCUAACUACUCCAUUUCUACCCUCCUUCUCUCCAUCUCCUUCCAUUUCUACCCAUUUCUAGGGUUUCCAGUUCAAUUUUCACUCGCAUCUCACCCAUUCUUCACAAAAACAAAUCUAGAUGUCUCAUCACGAGUUCUUCAGCGCCGUUCUUCAACACCGCGGUAGGAGGCGGCGGCGAUGGUGGUUCUUCAGCAUCGCUAUCUCUCUCUCAUCCUUUUGUGUGAGUUCUUCAGCACCGUUCAUUCAGGUCAUGAUCCCCACUUGAAAUUUUAUAGAAGUGCUAAUGAAAGGAUCCGCCUAUCUGAAUGUCCCCUGGCUAGAUCAAAGCGAACUGCUGAAAUUAUCUGGGGUAACCAUAAGGAGCCAAUGAUCCCAGAUUUCGACCUGAGGGAAAUAGAUUUGUAUUCUUUUCAAGGGCUCUUGAAACAUGAGGGGAAGGAGAAAUUUGGCACUGCAUUUCGUCAAUGGCAGUUAGAUGUUCCGAACUUUAUCAUAGAUGGACAUUAUCCUGUCAGGGAGUUGUGGGCACGUGCCAGAAGCAGUUGGGAUAACAUAUUAAAUCAUCAAAGCAAGUCCGUACUUGUGGUUGCUCAUCACAAUGCUGUCAAUCAGGCUCUUGUUGCAACAGCAAUUGGCUUGGGAACUGAGUAUUUCAGAGUUUACUUGAGAGCAACUGUGGUGUUAGUGUGUUAGAUUUUAUUCCUCGAGCAGAGGACAAGUCUCCACACAUCUGCCUUAAUCGCUUAAAUCAGGGGUUUGAUUCAUCGAAAAACCACCCUGUGUUGUAGACCACCCUAUGCAUGUAGACCACACUAUGUUAAAGGUCGAGGUGGUUUGGAGCGGAAAACACCUCCGCGAGGCUACAUAAGCCCUGGACUUCUUUGAUCGAUUUUGGUGGUUUGCUUACUACAAUGUUGGAUCAGAUGUUAACCCGGAAAGGGUGACAAAAAGAAAUGAAGGAAGAUCGACUAAGAUCUUUUCUAUGGUUAUCUUUGCUGUAACUUGAUCUUCUACAUUCAGAUUAUUAGGGAGAGCUAACUCUAUUGUUAUCCAUUAAUCGGUAAUUAAUGUGUUCUCACUACCUCGAUUAGAUAAGUGAGUCUAAAGAUCUUUGUCUGAGUUAUGCAUUUGUCUUAUCUGAGUAAUGCACAAUACUUGAGGAUGAAAUGAAGUAAUCUCUUUGUUA